AUGGUUUCAACUGCUACAAAGCGGUCCCUAGUCUACUGGUUCCCGAAUGCGCACAUCUCUCGAAUCGCCCAGUGCGCUCGUUUUGCAUGGGGUUUCUCGACGGUUCCAUUCGUCGACAUGUUUCAGUUGAUCCGGUACGGUGCAAAAGUAGUCGCACCACGCACGAUUUGUCGUCGAACCGCACAGACGAUGGACAACUCGCUUUGCAUAUUGCCGGUCGCAGCGAACCAAGAACAAACCGACGUGAUCGCGUUCUCGCUGCCGACAUCUUGCGCUCUACCGAAGUGUGUAUCCGGAAGAAUUGAUGACAGGCAAGCGUCCCCGUCAGCGGAAUGCACUCGUUCGCCCUAUGCUGUUGCGUUACCACUUCCGUCGCUAUCGCGCGACAGUGCCAACCGUCUGGACGACAGCUAUGACCUCCUCGCAAGUCAAUGGACUCAAAUGGUGACGGAGACACGACAAUUCUACGCGCAGAUUGCCAAGCUCCAGUCGUCGCUCGUGGGUCCCGUUUUGACUUUUGGCAACAGCCAAGAGCGAGUUGAGGUGGGAGAGCUUAGAAGAAGGUAA